AUCCACAUCCUGCUCCAAUCCAAACCAAACCACCAACAGUGAACUAACAUUCAAAAUCCACUCAUUUUCAUCAUCUAUGGCCAUAUCCUCCUACUCUUGUUCUUCAUAUCCGUCAGCUACUCUACUCAACGGUACCCUUCAUUUCUCCUUCACUGAUCUCUUCAUCUCUCGUACCCCUUUACCCAUUAACAUCAAACCAAAACCCAUCCUCACCGCCACUCAGACUUAUCACUACCACCCACAUAAGGCCUUAGAAUUUAGUGGGUAUUGGAAAUGGAGAACUGGGGUCUCCUUCUUUCCCUCAUUUUUGACCAAAUCCAAGGACAGUGAGGCCCUGAAGGAGGAGCUGUUCACUGCAAUUGCACCCCUUGAUAGAGGUGCUGAGGCCACUGCCCAAGACCAAGAACUUGUUGAUCAGAUUGCAAGAAAACUUGAGGCUGUGAAUAAAAUUAAGGAGCCACUCAAGUCUGAUUUGCUGAAUGGGAAAUGGGAACUUCUAUAUACUACUUCUCAGUCAGUUUUACAAACACAGAGGCCCAAAUUCUUAAGACCAAAUGGAAAAAUCUACCAGGCCAUUAAUGUGGAUACUUUGAGGGCUCAAAACAUGGAAACUUGGCCAUUCUUCAACCAGGUCACAGCUAAUUUAGUACCACUAAACGCAAGAAGGGUGGCUGUCAAAUUCGACUUCUUCAGAAUUGCUGGCCUGAUACCUAUUAAGUCACCUGGAAGUGGUCGUGGUCAGCUGGAAAUAACAUACCUAGAUGAGGAGUUACGACUUGAGAGAGCCUCUGAAACUCGAUAAAGAAGAUCCAGGCAAGGGGGAAGUCCAUUCUAGCUACCCAGAUAAUUCCAGCCCCAUUGAAAAAAAAUAAAAAAAAAUCGUUCCAACCAUUGUGGGCAACCAUCCUACGGGCAAGAUUUUGAACUUAGGACGAGCUGUGGUGGACCAAAUCACUUAAUGGAAAUCGGAAAGUGUGCAAUUUCUAGGACUUAGAACUGAGAAAAGGGAUACUAGAAACAACUUUCAUGAUCUUCCCAUCCACAGUCUGAUUCUACUUUCAGAACUACAGGUAUGAUUUGUCCAAAAUUCUAGUUCAUUAUAGGUAAUCGCUAGACAUUUUAGCGGAAAAAAAAAAUACUUAUACGGUUCUUUUGUCCUCUUGAUUGAAAGCUAUUUCUUUUUUUGCCAUGCUUAUGUGAAUGUAUAGCUACUCCACUGUCAACUAUGAAAUUAGGCAAUCAAGUUCUAUUCAAAACAAAGGGAGGAGUUCAUAUUCAUGGCAUUGCUGAACACUAAAUUUGGCUCUCAACAAUCUAGAGAUGAAAUGCAUCGGUAUCUUUCAUUUUGAGUAAAUCCUCUUUUAUGGAUCUUGUAUGAGAUUGAGUUAUAAUUCAUUGC